CGUCGCGCGAGCAGUUGGUCUAUCGUUCCAUACACCGCACAUAAAGGCCACGAUUCACCAUGACUAAUCAGUCCGGCAGAUUUCCAUGAGCGUAGUCGUUUUUCAGUUGUGUAAACAAUUCAGUGACAGUUUUUAUUUGCACAGUUAUUCUGUCAAGCGUAUCUUAUUAAUUUAAGGUACUAGUGUGUGUCAAGGUCUACGGAAAGUUUCAACCGUUUCAGUUCGAUUUCAUUAUAUAGAAGUAUGGCACCAGCGCUCCAGAACGUUGAUCAUCUGCUAGACGCAGAUUCACAAGUGAAAAUGAGACUUUUGGACGAUACUUACAAACUAGACAAUGUGAACAAUAACACAGAUGUAAAAAGAGAUACACAUGACAAAGUGAACGGUGAUUUGGACUUCGAUAUAGUUAAAUACGAAGCGAUGGAAUUCAGGCCGCAAAUAAGAUGGCCUGACUUAAUAGUACAAGUGUUCUUGCAUUGCGUUACAAUGUACGGAUUCUACUUGAUGCUGACUAUUCAGGUGAAGUUCCUGACAACACUGUUCGUGUUUGCUACAAUAUACACUUCGGGUUUCGGCAUAACUGCUGGUGUGCACCGACUAUGGUCACACAGAGCGUACAGCGCUCGGUUACCUCUCAGGAUUUUACUCGCCCUACUUUUCACAAUUACGGGACAAAGAGACAUCUACACAUGGGCCUUAGACCAUAGGGUGCACCACAAGUACUCAGAGACCGUGGCUGACCCCCACGACAUCAAUAGGGGGUUCUGGUUCGCCCACAUCGGGUGGCUGGUGCUGACCCCUCACCCGGCGGUGGAGAACCGGAGGAUUGCCCUGCGGAAGUCUUCAUUAGACCUCAUGCACGAUCCCGUUGUGAGGUUACAAAAAAAAUACUUCAUCCCUUUGUUUUUGCUACUGAAUGUGAUAUUGCCGGUGGCCAUUCCAGUACACUUCUGGCAAGAAACACUUCUUAACAGUUUCGUGGUGAGCUUCGUCACGAGAUUCACCAUCACGCUCAACAUCGCUUUCUGCGUAAAUAGCUUCGCACAUAUAUGGGGCAACAAGCCUUAUGAUAGGUUCAUAAAGUCAGUUGAGAACAAGAUGGUGAGCCUGGCAGCGCUGGGCGAGGGUUGGCACAACUAUCACCACGUAUUUCCAUGGGACUACCGGACCUCGGAGCUGGGAAGACUGAACCUGUCUACGAAUUUCAUCAACUUCUUCGCCAAAAUCGGAUGGGCCUAUGAUUUAAAAGCUGCGACGCCGUCGAUGAUAGUCAACAAAGCGAAUCGAAGCGGCGACGGCAGCCUGGGGACGAUGGAGGAACCCGAUCCAUCCAUUUUACACAUACAAGCUAUUCGAAUUAAUGACAAAUCUUAAUUCGAAGAUUGUUAGAUCUAAAAAUAGAAAUGUGCAUACAUCCAUCGAUAUAAAUCGUUAGAUGGACCCCUCUAUACUAAAGAACGCACAAUUUUAUGUCAUUACCCAAAGACGUGCACGCAUAUCUUAUCGUAGUACGUAACAAGCGCAUGCUGUGAGUGGACGUGGACUUAAAAAAAUAUUUACUGUUUUUUUUUUUCAUUUUAAUUCCUUCAUUAUGCCUUCGUGUUCAUUUUGGAAGCUUAAAAACACAAGCCACAACAUGAAUUAAGAGAAAUGUGUUAUGAGUGUUGACGUACUCAAUGUGCGUAACCAAUGAUAAUUCUGCGACGCUUUGAGGCCCAUCUAACGAUCUACGAUCGAUGCAUACAUCUAAUUUACACCGGUUGUAACUAUUACAAGUCAGUAAUAGUUGGUGGAACCAGUUCAGAACUAUAUACUAAUAUUAGUUAUUACUGUUGAUACGAAUAACUUUGUAGAUGCAUCACACUGUCGAACGCUCGUAAGCAAAACUUUCUAACAUUAAAGACAAAGCCCCUCAGGUCAUUAUCGAUAUACAAACCCCUUAGAGGAACUAUUGUUCACAAAGCCUUAACUAACACUAAACAAACAAUGCACGGCUCCUUGCGAGUCUUCAUUUUCACAAACGGGCGCAACUCGUGAGUUCGUCCACGUAAAUUCAGUUUUCACAGAAGUUUUAUUUUAUGUUAUAUACCUACAGGAUGCUCGGGAGUAUUUCCCAUAAUUGCAAACCAAACUACAUUAUUAAUAUUUUAUUAACUUCAAAAAAAAUAUUUUUUCAUACUAUCCAUGUGACACACGCCUAUUAGUCCAUUGAAAAGUUACAUUUGGGGUUGCGUUUUUAAGGACGCAAUUGUUAAGUUGUUUGUUAAUAUUUUUUUUAGCAAAUUAAAUUCUCUACAACUUUGGUUCAGUAAUUUUUUGUCGUAGAACAAUAAAUAAAAAAGUUUUUGUGGUUUUUGUCAGUCAAGUUUUUACGGGCUAUUAUUUAUCCAGGCCUGUUUAAACUUAGACAUUUUCAGACCCUAAAUUAACUUUGGGAUUUUGUAAUAAUUAUAUGAAAUCCCACAGUUUAUUCGUUUUUUUAUAAGACAUACUCGUAUUAAGUGUAUUUGUAUUUUAAAGAUAAUUUUAAAAUCUUUAUAUUAAGAUGUUUAAGCUAUCUCACAAAACUAUAUUAUUAAUUGUUAAAUUAUUAAAUUAAUAAAUAUACGGGUAUAAAAAUUUAUUUAGCCAGUGGGAAGAAUUUUGUGAUUGAUGUAGCACGCAUACUGAAUCUUAUAUUUAUCUACUAAAUAAUUUAACUUAUUCUAUGGUUCCUAUCGGUGCUUCCUUCAAUAUGUACCUUCUGUUUUAGUUUAUUAAACCACUUCCAGAUGUAUGCUAUGUAAUAUAGUAUAAUGAAGAUUUAGAACGUUAGUGAAUUGUGUUUGCACGUAUCUGAAAGCGUAGCGACAUUCACAUCAUCACAAUAUUAUUUUUUUAAUAUAAAAAAAAUUUACAUAUUUUUAUAAAUUACCGACAUUCCAAAUAUUCCAAUUAGCGUAAAUACAAUGUUGAAAGUGGUGCCACUGUUUUUCGAAUUCGAAAUUCGAACUCACGACCUUUCGAUUUGAGAAACAGUCGACACGACCCCUUGAACCAUGAUUAUGAUAUUGACAUUGAGCUUUAAAUAAUUGAUUUUCCUUACUGGACUCGAUGUCAAUAUAAUAAAUAUUGACAUCAUAAGCUAUUUCAUCGCGCCUCGACAAGUGAGCGCCGGCUCUUAUUUGCUAUCUCAAAUACUUAUCUAAGCUUUCCAUUCAAGACUUGGAAAAUAGAUUUUCCAUUCCAAUACAAAGAAUUCUAUAAUGGAAAUGAGUUUGUAUGUUAAACACAGAUAUUAUAAGUAAUUAUUUUUAAAUAAUGAUUUUGUGAAAUCUUAAGGAUUACAAGGAGCUGUUUUAUAUAACUAAUAUUAAGUAUACAUUAAUGCUAAGAUAAAUGUUUUGUACAAAAGCUACUUAUAUUUUGGUCUCUGUCUACAUAAAUAGGUAAAUAUUUUGUCAUGGUUACCACUAGAUUACCUUUAUUCGCAUUAGUAAUGUAAACGGUUUAAUAAAUAUUUAUUCUUAU